AAGGCCCCCCCAGUCCCGAUCAGGAUAGCAGCAGAGGAUAACAUGUUAAUCACUCUUACCUCAGUCACCAUCCCAAACUAGGUUAAAAAUUCUGCACUGGCUACUUAUUUCUGAAAACCUAUACGCCAGGGCUAACAUCAUGACAAGUAGUAUUUGCUUUGGCUCUGAGAGAUUCACAAUAGUUGAGCGCCAUAGCAGUGGACCCUUCCUAGUAGCUAAAAACCUGCUCUCAAAUCUGUCCUUGUACUUUCCAACCUUGGAGCAGUCCCCAAGAUUAGAUCUCUAGGCAGUGUAAUGGAACUACUUAGAUUUGCAUUACCUCAGGAGACUGGUCCUCUCACAUUUGCAGGCGUCAGACCUUCCACUGGAGGCAAAAAACUAAUAAAUACUGUGUUAUGGAGAGCCCUAGGUAGCAUCUGUUGCUCUAUUUGAACACAGUAAAUCAUAAUAGGUUCUAACAAUUAAGGGACCAAGUUUCUAUCUUAGGAAUGCAAAAUAACAAGCUUAGAUGGCAAUGGGAAGAGCAGAAGGCAUAAAAAUAAGUUGGUUCUCAAGGAAAGCAACUGACCUGGGCUGGCCCACCUGUUGGGUAAAUGGAAUACGUGUCCCUCAUAGCAGGUCUGUUGGGACCACUAAAUAGUAAGAAGCCUGUUUCUUAUUUUGACUUCUCUCCUAGAAGGAGUGGGGAAAUGUCUGGCCUGUUUGGGUAUCUAUUCAGAUAUGCCCAACACGGAAUUCAUUAUCUGUUUGUGGUGCGGGACAAGAAUGGCACAGAAAUCUUGAGCAUUUACAGGUGAAUGGGAACAACAAGUUAAAUAAUAAGAUGACAGAUGCCUGAUAGUACAGUGGAUCCUUGGUAUCCACUGGGAUUUGGUUCCAGGACCCUUCUCUGGAUAUCAAAAUCCAUAGAUGAUCAAGCCCCAUUAAAUACAACAGCAUAGUAAAAUGGUGUCCCUUAUACAAAAAAGCAAAUUCAAGGUUUACUUUUUGGAGUUUAUAUCCUUUUGGAAUAUAUUCAAGCUGUAGAUGGUUGAAUCCGUGGAUAUGAAGGGCUGACUGUAUAAUCAGCAUUAUACAUGUUAGUUGUUAAUUGUUGCUGUUCCAAGAGCUUUCUAUAUUCCUGUUCCCUCUGCCACAAUAUCUGUAUUCAGUCAUGUAUGUGAGAUUCUUGACAGAUUGUGGUGGGAGAGGGAAAAGAAAAUGAGAGAGAGUGAGAGCGAGCCUGGCUUGAGAUAACGUUAUUUGUUAGUGUAUGGGAUAACUUUAUUUGUUAGUGUAAUUUGUAUCCAGCCUUGCCUCUGGUUAGCUCAAGGUGGUACACAUGGCUCUGUUCCUUCCUAUUGUGUCUUUCUAACAAGCCUGUAAGGAAAGUGAAAGACUAGGCCAAGUUCACUCAGUGAAUUUCAGUGGCUCAGUGUGGACUUGAACCUGCAUCUCCCAAACCUCUAGCCAACAUUAUUAAUCACUACACCAUGCAUUUUCUUUUUAUUUAAUUACUGGAUCAGUUAUCCAUUUAUUGUACAAUUGCAGCUCACCCUUGUCCUUACACCAGGGUUGCAGUCUUUCCAGUACCAUUCUAGAUGGAAGGGAUGCUUUCUGAUUCCUGGAGUUAAAUUGGAAAGCAAAGUCCUGUUUCUGCCCAGAAGAGGGCCUUCACCUUGUUCCAGUGGUGCGACCCUGUAAAGUCUCUGUGGAAUUCAGUGUGUCUCAACGUUCCCUAAUCCAUUACUGCCCAUUAAAGCAAGCGGCUCCUUGACCAGCUGAACUUAACCUUUAAAGAGAUGCCCUGUAUUCAAACCCAAUAUGGGACCUUGCUUCAGAGCGGAGGACCCUGCGAUCGCUAUCCAGCAGACCUCUUGACCUCAGAGCUUGGCAAGCCCACCAUGGACCUGGUUAAUACAGAGAUUACCACUGCCACCACCUCUCUGCCCAGCUUCAGCACCUUCAUGGACAAUUACACGGGUGAAUUUGACGCCUUCCUCUACCAGAUCCCAGCUGCCAACCCCACCGCGACCUCCUUCAAGCUGGAAGACUUCCAGGUGUAUGGUUGUUAUCCAGGCCCUUUCAGCAGCCAACUGGAUGAGACCAUGUCCUCAAGUGGCUCAGACUAUUACGGCAGCCCCUGUUCUGUCCCUUCCCCUUCCACACCAAGCUUCCAGACUUCCCAGGGACCAUCUUGGGAGAACUCCUUUGGGGCCUAUUCCCCAACACACACCUAUGACAACAUGAGGCCUUGGGUGACGGCAACAACGACAACAGAACCUCCCAAAAACAGUUCUACCCAACCUUCGUAUUUCUCCUUUAGUCACUCGGCCCACAGUCCCGGUGUGCCUCCCCAGAGUCCCCUGAAGAUGCAGCCAGCAUCCCACCCGCAUUUGGUGGACAGUGAUGUCUUCUCACUGCCCCAGACCUCCCCUUCUGUCAGUUUUUCACCUUUGCCGCUCAGCCAGGCUUCGCCCAUCUUGGAUAGCUCUGGCUUGAUGGACAAUUCCCUCUCACCAACCAAGGCACGCAGCCCUGGAUCCAGUGAAGGGCGCUGUGCUGUCUGCGGGGACAAUGCUUCAUGCCAACACUAUGGUGUUCGAACCUGUGAAGGCUGCAAGGGUUUUUUCAAGCGCACAGUGCAGAAGAAUGCCAAAUACAUCUGCUUAGCCAACAAAGACUGCCCUGUAGAUAAGCGGCGGAGAAACCGGUGCCAGUUCUGUCGUUUCCAAAAGUGCCUUGCUGUGGGAAUGGUGAAAGAAGUGGUGCGGACAGACAGCUUGAAAGGCCGCCGAGGUCGUCUGCCCUCCAAACCGAAACAAGCUCAAGAUACUUCUCCGGUCAGCCUCAUCUCCUCUCUUGUGAGAGCACACAUAGAUUCCAUACCCAGCGCCACUAAGCUUGACUAUUCCAAGUUCCAGGAAUCAGCCUCCUACCAGUUUGAGAAGGAAGACUGUGUGGAUGUGCAGCAGUUCUAUGACCUGUUAACAGGAUCAAUGGAUGUGAUUCGGAAAUGGGCAGAGAAGAUCCAAGGCUUCUUAGAGCUUCCAAAAGAAGAUCAAGACCUGCUUCUGGAAUCUGCUUUUUUGGAACUCUUCAUUCUCCGACUAGCAUACAGGUCCAAGCCAGAAGAAGGCAAACUGAUCUUCUGCAAUGGUGUGGUGCUGCAUCGCAUGCAAUGUGUCCGGGGCUUUGGCGAGUGGAUAGACUCUAUCAUUGAGUUCUCCCAGAACCUCCAUCGCAUGAACAUUGAUGUACCAUCUUUCUCCUGUCUUGCAGCACUGGUCAUAAUCACAGACCGCCAUGGGCUGAAGGAGCCAAAGAAGGUUGAGGACCUCCAGAACCGCAUUGUCAGCUGCCUUAAAGACCACGUGACAUCCACCACCAACGAACAGGCCCAUCCCAACUGCCUCUCAAAGCUGCUGAGCAAACUCCCUGAGCUCCGCACCCUCUGCACUCAAGGCCUGCAGCGCAUCUUCUACCUGAAACUGGAGGACCUGGUGCCCCCACCUCCAAUUGUGGAUAAAAUUUUCAUGGACACGCUACCUUUCUGAGAAAUUGGAAAACUGCCAUGAAUGGACAAUGCUUUCUUUGUCAGGGGGUGUCUUCUUCCUUUCCCCUCCCCCUUUUUGGCUUGAUUUGUUUCUCCCACUCCUGCUCUCCUCCGGAUGGGGCAAAACUGGAGGAAAGAAAUUCCCUGCCAUUCAGCAUCCUGAGGGGAGAUGGUGGGAACAUUUCCAGGGACACUUGAGAACGAUGUUCAGACUGGAGACUACUAGAGCACCAUAUGCCCUAUCUGUUUCCCCCAAACCCAAUAUUCAGAGGUUACUGGGACAUUCAGAAUUGCCAUGUAAUUCUCUCUGAACUUGGGAUAACAUCUUGGGUUUGGAUUUUUUUUUCUUUAUUUUUUCUUUUGGAAAAAAAACAAACCCUUAUGGGGGGAAAUCCCAGUGUGCCUUCUAGAGUUACAUGCACAAUAUCCCUAAAUGAUGCUGCCUUCCCUAUGACCUGCCUGCCAACAGCUCUGCGUGCAGUCUGACACCUUAGAUUCUGUACAGUCGUACACAGAUCAGCAGUCUGUAAUAAGUGUGGAAUAUGUUGGGUUUUCUGUUUUCCAUAUUUGUUUUAAUAUAUAUACAGUAUAUAUAUAUAUAUACACACUCACACACACACAUAUAUAUAAAAUACUGUCAAAGUUCAUGAUUUUAAAAAGUGGGGAGGGAAGAAUUGCCUCCUCUUAUUUUUAUCCACAUAAUCAGGCCCUGAGUCUUAGCCCCAGCUAAGAAUUCCCUCCCAGGUAUGGGAAUAGGUCUCUUGCAUAGAAGCUGCUGCUUGCAUCCUGAAAACAGGAGAGAGGGGGAAGUGGUUUUGCCGUACAUACGCACGCAACUAUUGGACAGCUUGCUGCUGCCCACCUGCUGCUUCGUCCGAGGCAGUUGAGUGUUUGUUGAAUGUCUGGAUUUUUUUGUACAAGUUGUAUAUAAGACAAACAGCAUAUUUGCUUUGUAAAUACGAAUGAAGUAGUGAGUGAAUGACUAGAUGGAUGGAUGGAUGGAUGGAUGGCAGAGGUGGUGGGAGGGAGGGAGGCUCUUCUGUUUGAGCCAUUGACAAUCGUGCAAUGCCCUAUGCCUGCUGGACACCUUCUGCCUUUCUGUGUACAUAACUUUGUAUUGUAAAGUCCACCAAUUUUUUUGACAUUUAUAUUUGUCUAUUCUUGCUUUCCAAUUUCCAGUAUGUGACUUUUUUCCAAUUAUUAAUAUAUAUUUAAUAUAUUGAAUUAAAAAAAGUAUCCUGA